AUGUCUUUCCGCAAGCGAAACAUUGGUCUUUCGGCCGGUGUCGAUCGCACUGCUGUUCCCAAUGCCUCUGCUCAGCCAACCCCGCCCGAGUCAACUCCAGGCAUUCGCCCCUCUCCCGACGAUGGACGACCAACUACGUCUACAGGAACACCCUCAUUGGAUGGGCUUCUUGCAGGACACGCAGGCCUUCCCAUGGGUAAAAUUCUGCUAGUUGAAGAAAACGGGACUACAGACUUUGCGGGCGCAUUGCUACGAUACUAUGCUGCCGAGGGUGUGGUACAAGAACAAAAGAUUCAUGUUGUUGGUGCACCAGAACAAUGGGGGCGGAGCUUGCCUGGUUUGAUUGGUACCGCAGAGUCGUUGGAAGAAAAGAGAUCAGACAGACGCAAAGAUGAACGCAUGAAGAUUGCUUGGCGAUACGAGCGACUGGGCGAAUUUGGGGCUGGCAUUGCCGGCUCCCGGGAUGCUCCUACACCGACCGAAGACUCUGAUGCCACUGGGAAGCAACAGAAUGCCUUUUGUCAUGCCUUUGAUCUCACAAAACGCCUCGCCCAUCCUUCCAUCACCAACAUGAGCUUUAUUCCGCUCUUGCCCUUGAGGGACUCGCCGUUUAUCUCGAUUAUUAAACAGCUUCAAAGUGCGAUUGCAUCCAGUGCGCCAAAUAAUAUUCAUCGCAUUGUGAUCCCUGGUUUGCUCAACCCAACCAUCUACCCGCCUGGCACCUGCGAGCCCCCACAAGUGCUACAAUUCCUCCACUCACUGAAGGCUUUGGUAAAUUCGCAGGCAAAUCGUAUCACAACCAUGAUCACACUUCCAUUAUCGCUACUCCCUCGCUCUUCAGGUCUGAUCCGCUGGGUCGAGCUUAUGAGCGAUGGUGUGAUUGAGCUCUGUCCCUUCCCACACUCAGCCGAUGCUCUCGCGACCUCUGGCGCUGCCACAUCUCAUGAGGAGCCACCACAGGGGAUGCUGAAAACGCACAAAUUGCCUGUAUUGCACGAACGAGGUGGUGGGAAUGACCAAAACAUUGGCCAGGAUUGGGCGUUUAACUUGAGUCGUCGUCGAUUUGAGAUUAAGCCGUUUAGCUUGCCGCCAGCGGAAGGCGAUAAGGAGGCCCAAGAAGCGCCUUCAUCUAGCGGGAUGCCCAAGAAGGCAGAUCUUGAAUUUUGA